AUGAGCAUUAGAAGCAUAGAACCUUUGAAAACAUAUAGAAAUGAUAGAGGUCAUUUUUUUCGUGGAGUUUAUACGACAUAUAUUACUCGAAUGAUGCAUUUUGAAGAUGGCCCGGGAAAGAAUUUACCAUUUAAAAUUACAUCUCCAUCUUCAUUAGCGAUUAAAAUGGUGCUUUUUUUUGGUAAGUUUGAUGGAUAG